AUAGCAGCACAAAUGGCUGCCCUCGCCGCCCUGUACCCCGCGAAACUGCAGAAAGUCGCCAGCUUUGACCGCUUUGGGCACUACCGCCUCGAGACGGGCGAGCAGCUCCUGGUCUGGACACCAAUCUAUCCGGCCGGACCGCUGCCUCUGAUAAUUUACCUGCACGGUGCGUCGUCCAGGGGAGACGACAUCCAACAGAUUUUUGAAAAAGGGCCAAACUGCCCUCCAGCACUCUUACGCGCCGGAGACAUCGCCCCGCGCGCCGUCGUCGUGGCCCCGCUCCUCGCAGCAAAAAGGGAGUGGUGCAAGACGUCGCGCGAGGCCGCACGACCUUGAAAAUCAUCAUCGACGCGUACUUUGCGGAGGAGGCAAGAGGUGCCAUGGCAGCGGUUGAUCGGGACCGCGUCUACGUCACGGGCCCGUCGUGCGGCGGUUUAGGGGCCUACACGCUCGCGGCGCGCCUCGCGCGCCGCGGCGACGGCUUCAGCGACCGCUGCCCGCCGGCCGCCGCCGUGGUUCCCGUGUGCGGUGGCGGGAGCGUGGUCUUCGCGCCGCUCCUCGCGAAGACGCCCUGCUGGUUCUGGCAUUCGGAAUCGGACAGCGCCGUACCAUGUAGCGACACCGAGGCCCUGGUGGCCGCGCUGGAGAAGCUCGACGCGCCGGUGCGCUUCACGAAGCUGACGGACGAGGAGACGCCCGAGAGCCCGCCAUACGUCGCGUACAUGGAGCACCACAACGCCUGGACGCCGGCGUACAAGGUCGACUCGCCGAUGUGGGCCUGGUUGUUCGCCCAGAGUCGUGGGGAGGGGGCAUAA